AUGGUCACAAAAUUAAGAAAUCAAAAAAAAAAUUGGGGAGGGAGAAAGAGAAAAAUAAUUUAUAAGCAAUUUCAUAUUUCCAUGAUUUUACUCCAUACUAUAAAUUCAUUCAACAUAUUCAAUAAACUUCUUUCUUUUUCAUCACGUGUAUUAUUAACAAGAAUGGCUCCAGUUACGCGUUCUAGAUCAACCAAAGUUGUGGUGAAGACCUCAUCUGUUGAAACAGUUAUUGACAAACCAAGUGUUGCUAAACCUAAAAUCACCAAGCCUAAAUUAACAAAAUCGAAACCAAAGUUAACCAAAUCAACCCUGGAUUUAGAAAGCUUAUUGACACAUAUAAAAAUACCUGAUGAUCUUAAACUCCCACAGAAAUAUAUAGAUAAUCACUCAGAAGAGUUUAUUAAAGGAAUUGAACACGUCUUGAAAAUUGAUCCUUCUUUAUAUCCCGUGGUUGUACAUCAAGAUUUUACAAGAUUUGGCAGUGCAAUAACUGAAAAGAAACACAAUGAAGAGAAUAAAAUUCAUACUUAUUGGUACUCAUUGAUUAGAUCAGUUAUUGGACAACAAGUCAGUGGUGCCGCUGCUAAAUCCAUACAGACGCGUUUCGAAGGGUUAUUCAACGGUGAUGUACCAACUCCUGGUAAAACAUUGGAGUUUUCUGCCGAGGACUUGAGAGCAGUUGGAUUAUCUAAUAUGAAAGUCAAGUAUGUUCAAAGUAUUAGUGAAGCGUUUAAUGAUCCGAAUAAUCAUUUAACUCAUUUGGAAUUCUAUGAAAAAUCCCCAUUGAAUGAAAUAUUAGUUGAAUUGUGUAAAUUGAAAGGAAUUGGAAUGUGGUCAGCUAAAAUGUUUGCAAUUUUUACAUUGGAAGAAAUGGAUGUAUUUGCUGAAGAUGAUUUAGGUAUUGCUCGGGGCAUGGCAAGAUAUUUGAAUAAACGACCAGAUUUGUUAAAAAAAAUUAAACUUGAUAGUGCCAAUGAUGAUGAGACACAGUUGUUGUUAAAGAAGAAACUGAAGUUUUUCAACAAGAGUGAUUCGAAAAGAACUUGGACUCCAAUUCAUGAUGGAUAUGUUAAAUAUGCUGCUAGACCAUUCGAACCAUAUAGAACGGUUUUAAUGAUGAUUUUAUGGAGAUUAAGUUCCACCAAUAUUGAAGUAUUGGAGAAAUUAGAUGAAUAG